ACCUGUAAUGCCUUAAGUUACAAAACGUCAGGAAGGAGAUGUUUGUCCGUAAAAUUACCCUGAAAUGAGCGAGUUUCCCCCAGAACAGCAGGGAAAAUCAGUUACCGACUGUAAACUCGUUCUACAAAUUAAAAGAUCAUGUCAGCAAUCAAGGUUGCCCUGCAGCAAAGCCCGAAGGGUAGACGAAGUAAAACCGCAAAGACAAUGUCUGCCGAAGUGUCUCCAGACUCCAAGUGCCCCAUCUGUUUGGAUGCAUUUCAUAACAUGUCGUACUUGGACCGCUGCCUGCACAAAUUCUGCUUCCGCUGUAUUCUGGAGUGGUCGAAGAACAAACCCGAGUGUCCACUUUGUAAACAGCCAUUUAGUUCAAUCUAUCACAGCAUAAAAUCGGACCAGGACUUCCAGAAGUAUGAGCUGAAACAGCAAGUGGAUAAUUCCUCCUUUGGUUAUUUCGAGGGAGUGCGGUUUAGGUACCGAACGACUCUCACUGGAGUUCAUCGACAGAUGAGGAGAACCUCUCCGCCUCCAGACAACGGUGUAAUGUUUGAAGCCUCUGCAAAUUUCCAACAGCAGCGGCAGGAUCGUUACAUUCGACGCAUGAUGAGUAGGUUGGCGGCUAAGAGGAGAGCUGCGAGUGAAGGCAGGGCUGUGAACAACGUUAGGGAGCAGGAAAUGAUCAACUUCAGGAGGGAGCUGUACCGACGGGGGGUGAGGGUUCAAAACGUGAGAGACGGAGGGCGCUCCCGAGACACCUCUGCUGAAUUUUACCGAAGAAAUCCCGCCUGUCUACAUAGACUGGUCCCGUGGUUGAAAAGGGAACUCAUGGUGCUUUAUGGGGCCCACGGCUCUCUGGUCAACAUAGUUCAGCAUAUCAUCAUGUCACGCAUCACACGCUACGACAUGGAGGACGGGGCCAUCCAGGGAGAACUCAGACCCUUUCUGCAGGGCCGGACGGAGCAUUUUCUGCACGAAUUUAUCAAUUUUGCAAGGUCUCCCUUCAAUAUGGAGGCCUAUGACCAGCAUGCUGUUUAUGACUGCCCAGCGCCCUCUUCAAAUGAGCACAGCAGCUCCAACUCAUCUGUAAUCGCCAUCUCAGAGGAGGAGGAAAGCUCUGCCGAUGUGGAACCUCCUGGGAUCGCCGCUUCUGCUUUGGGUCAGUCUUUAUGGGACGAUGAGACACCAGGGCCGUCAUAUUCUACUGCAGCAGAGACCAGCAGACCACAACUUGGUUCAGUCCUGGAAUUGGACUCAGAGAGCAGCUCAGAGGAGGAACCGCUAGAGCUUAAUGUUUCUCCACAAGAGAUUACAUCGCAUAGCCCAGUCAAUGUUGCUUGUGCUGAGCGCACAGAUAACGGCUGCACGUCUCCUGACAGUGACGACUGUGUUAUAGUGGGAUACAUUAAGCCAGCGGCAGAGCGGACUCCAGAGCUGGUCCAUCUCUCCUCUGACUCUGACGACUCUUCCAUUGAGGAGACCAAGGACGCUCCCAUCCAGUCCCAACACAUCCGUUUCACCAGCUGUAGCCCUGCUGCUUCACACAGAAGCGAUUCUAGUAGGGCUAAAAAUGUCCAAACAGACCACCGACAUCGGUCGUCUUCAAAAGACAGACCUAAAUCAAAAGUACACAAACACUCCAGAACGGAUAAACGAUUUGAAGAAAGAGAAAGAGCAACGGAGAGACGCAAGUCGAAGGAGAAAGAGCACAAGAGAAAGAAGAGCAACUCGAAGAGCAGAGGGAGCAAGCACUCCAGAAGUCCGGUAAUUUCUCACGGCAGUUUCGGCUCUCAUUCCAGCAGUGGACACUUCUCAAAUAGUGACAGAGUCCACGCGGAGAGGGACAGCUACCAGUCAUACACCCAUUACAGGCAUGAGAGGAACGGCAGCGUGACUCACUACACACAGAGGCGGUCCUACUAUUACAGCAGCCGCACGUACUCACCCUCUGAGUCCAGGAGUCGCAGCAGGGACUCCUCUCAGAGAAGACACAGGAGGCGGCCCCGAUCCGGGUCUCAGUCCAGCCGAUCCCCUUCGCCUGAUAGGAGGUCUCAUCAUGACAAGCCUGGAGGCAAAAGGAAAUGCAAAGCAAAACAUCUGGAGGAGCCACCCAAAAAAGACCAAAACCUCUCCAACGAAAGCGACUCGGUGUCUGUAACGAAACACAAGAAGAAAAGCAAAGAGAGGCACCAUAAAAAACCUAAAGACAGGUCGAGGAAGAGGAGCGGGAGCAGAGAACUUGACAGUGAACGACACAGACACCACCAUAAGAAGAAGAAGAAACACAAAAAGAAAAGUAAAAAAAGCAAGAGCACUGAGCGCAAAUCGAAGUCCUCAACAAAUGUGAUCACCAUCGAAAGCGACAGCGAGUCUAUUGCCAAUCAGGGUGUCAGUCCUGUCAGCAGGACCACUGAAAAUCCCUCUGACUGCGCUGCUGCUGAUGACAGAGUAAACCUCACGCCUGCGGACCACAGUUUACAAUCACAUUGAUGCAUCGAACCUUCAUUUCUACAACUGCCAACAAGUAUUUCACAUCAGAACUAUUUCUGCUAUGUUCAAGGUUACAAAACCACACAGGAAACUUUAAAUGGUGUCUAAUUACUGUUUUUUAUUGAUAAAAUGUUUUCUUACAGUAAAAUUCAUUUGUCAGCCAUGCAUCAGGCAAGCAAUCAUCUCUAUAUUCAAAGCAGCAAUUUUUUAUUCAGUAUCGACUCCAUAUAAAGUAUGUCCUAAAUCAAGCUGUUUUAUCCUGAACACAACAAUGUAAGCAAGGGAGAGGUAAACCUAUUUGGAGUUAGAUCUUUUGUGUAACAAUAAGCUCUUAUUUUGUAAAACAACAAAGUAUAAUUUUUGCAAUUCAAUAUGCAGUAGUCGCUGCUCUUUCAGGGAUUUAAGUACCUUUCUGUUUUUAUAGAUCUGUAAUAUUUAUGGGUAAUUUUAGCUCUAAGUGGCUCAGUUACGAUGGUAUUUUGACUUC